GAGGGUUAGAGUACUCGGAAGGAAUCUUCUGAGGCGUCCGGCCAGUGCGGGCAGCUGGUUGGCGCUUAGACCCCUGCGGCGGCGGGAGUUCCCUCCACGUGCUUCCUCUGGCAACAUGGAGCUGGAGGAGCUAGGGAUCCGAGAGGAAUGUGGCGUGUUCGGGUGCAUCAGCUCAGGAGAGUGGCCCACGCAGCUAGAUGUGCCGCAUGUGAUCGCUCUGGGACUCGUGGGGCUGCAGCACCGGGGUCAGGAGAGUGCUGGUAUUGUUACCAGUGAUGGGAACUCAGUACCAACAUACAGAACACACAAGGGAAUGGGUCUCAUAAAUCAUGUCUUUACUGAAGACAAUUUGAAGAAAUUAUAUACUUCAAAUCUUGGAAUUGGACACACGAGGUACGCGACUACAGGAAACUGUGAAUUAGAAAACUGUCAGCCCUUUGUUGUUGAAACACUUCAUGGGAAAAUAGCCGUAGCACAUAAUGGCGAACUGGUCAAUGCUGCUCGAUUAAGAAAAAAGCUUCUGCGCCAUGGUAUCGGUCUGUCAACAAGUUCUGACAGUGAAAUGAUCACCCAGUUACUGGCAUAUACCCCUCCUCAGGAACAAGAUGACACCCCAGAUUGGGUAGCAAGGAUUAAAAACUUAAUGAAGGAAGCACCCACAGCAUACUCCCUACUUAUAAUGCACAGAGAUGUUAUUUAUGCUGUACGCGAUCCUUAUGGAAAUCGCCCUCUAUGUAUUGGUCGUCUUAUUCCUGUAUCUGAUAUAAAUAAUAAAGAGAAAAAAUCUUCAGAAACGGAAGGAUGGGUAGUGUCUUCAGAAUCCUGUAGCUUUUUAUCUAUUGGUGCAAGAUAUCACCGUGAAGUUUUGCCUGGAGAAAUUGUGGAAAUAUCUAGACAUAGCGUCCGAACUCUUGAUAUUAUACCAAGGUCUGGAGGAAACCCAAUGGCUUUUUGUAUCUUUGAAUAUGUUUAUUUUGCAAGGCCAGACAGUAUAUUUGAAAACCAAAUGGUUUAUACAGUAAGAUACCGGUGUGGGCAGCAGCUGGCGAUUGAAGCCCCUGUGGAUGCAGAUUUGGUUAGCACUGUUCCGGAAUCUGCUACGCCCGCUGCUCUUGGUUACGCCGGAAAGUGUGGACUUCCAUAUGUUGAGGUGCUAUGUAAAAAUCGAUAUGUAGGAAGAACCUUCAUUCAGCCAAACAUGAGGUUAAGACAACUUGGUGUUGCAAAAAAAUUUGGAGUAUUGUCGGACAACUUUAAAGGCAAAAGAAUUGUUCUUAUAGAUGAUUCAAUUGUGAGAGGCAAUACUAUCUCACCCAUAAUCAAAUUGCUCAAAGAAUCUGGUGCAAAGGAGGUGCACAUUCGAGUAGCUUCACCGCCAAUUAGGUAUCCAUGCUUCAUGGGAAUAAACAUACCAACGAAAGAAGAGCUUAUUGCCAAUAAACCGGAAUUUGAGCAGCUUGCCGAAUAUCUAGGAGCAAACAGUGUUGUAUAUCUGUCAGUAGAAGGACUGGUUUCAUCUGUACAAGAAGGGAUAACAUUUAAAAAACAGAAAGUAAAAAAGCAAGAUAUUAUGAUUCAGGAAAAUGGGAAUGGUCUGGAAUGCUUUGAAAAGAAUGGUCAUUGUACAGCUUGUCUCACUGGAAAAUACCCUGUGGAAUUGGAUUGGUAGCUGGUAGGGGUAGAUACAAUGUUUUAAGAUAUAAAGUUGGUCAAGAAGUGAUAGUGGUUACAUCUUAUCCACUUAGUGUUACUCAGUUGUUACAAUAUAAAUGCCAUAUGGUUAUGUUGCCUUUGUAAGUUUUGAGUUGUUCUUUUUUUCCUGAAAAGGGUACCAAAGUGCUAUGUUUUCUUUAAUAAACCUAGAUAAAUAUUUUGUUGUUAUCUAGGGACUUGGAUGGUCCUUUCAGUUUUAUAUUAGUAGUUUAGUACUUUGAAGCUAUCCAUUAUGAGAUUAUCAACAGUAAUGUAAAGGAUGGGUAAAUUUUCGAUUUUAGAGGGGAUUGCCACAUAUUAUACCUUACCACAAAUUCUUAUAGAAUUUUGUGGAAUGUUUCUUAUGUUAUUGAAAUUCAGUUAUGGAAUAUUUUCAUAAUUGAACCUUGCUAGUUUCAUAUUACACAACAAUACUGAUACUCUGUUUUUCACACUAGCAACAGCUAGCCAUUUUCACCUGGUCAGAGAAGGCAGGUGGUCAAGUGGCAUUUGCCAGGUCCAUGUUUCAAAGAGUUUGCAGUCAGAUGGUGUGAUACAAACAGGACAUGUUAAAUAUAACAUUUCAUGCAAAUGUGAAUCUAUUAUACCCCAAAUGGAUCAAGUCUGUAGUAUUCUGAUUGCAAUUAUGACGUCGGCUCUCUUGUCUCACUUGAAACAAAUCUUUUUUUUAAUGCCUUUCUGUGCCUCACUUUUCCUGACCUGGGCAGUGAGGUACUUAUAUCACUAAAUUAAAUGAUUAACAGGAAUUUGAAUAUGUCAUAGUGUUGGUGGUUAGAGCCAUCAUCAUCACACAUGUAUUUUAAGACAGUGCAUGGUUAUUACCUUUUGAAAUGUUGGCUGUCAGUUUGCCAUCGAGGUUUCAUUAUGAUGAAGGGGAUACACAGUUUAGCAGGGCUUUGCCUACCUGCCUUUGAGGUGCCCUCAGAAAUGAUUGUAAAAAAUAUGUCUGUGGAAAAAGUUUUCCUGCAUUUGACUAGGAAGCGUGAUCCAUACUACUUGUGUCCUGAUAGUACAAAGUCCAGCAAAUAACCCAGUGCAUUUGAAGAAAAAAAUAAAAUUUUAGAUUCUAAUAAAGCUUUAAUUUUUACUUGAUCUCUUGCAAGCACUAGGUCUGUCUGGAAAAAGUGCAGCCAUUGUUAAUAUAACAAGAACAGUUUGUGUGAUAGCAGUGUAACCUGGCAGCCAAGGAGAGUAGACUGGAGUGCACAUGUGUGAACAAUGAUGACCUCACUGUACUUGUCAGUCAGGCUGGUAGAUGCCCUUGAGUGACCAUGUCUCCUGUGUGGCUGUCACAUUCAAAAUGACUGAGCAAGUAAAACAAUGAAUCUGCAUCAAA